UGGGGAGGCGUUGGGCCUGGCCUGAGGUAGGAGGGAACCCAGCUGUCGCCGCCAGUGCCUGAGCCGCGAUGCUCGCGUGGGCCCUCUCCGCGCUGCUCUGGUCUCUCCUAGGAGUUGGAUCGCAACGUCCUUCCUUAUUCAGUAACAAAGGCAUUGUUUACGGCACGGUAGGACGCCCAGUGAAAAUAUAUGUAAAGUUACAUCAGGAUAGCCCUGUCCUUGUUUGUAUGGAUGUUAAUCGUGCUAGUAAAGAAACAGUGGACCCCGCCUACUUAUGGAUUGGGCCAAAUGAAAAUACAUUAACAGGGAAUGGCCAAAUAAAUGUAACAAACACAGGAAAACUGAUAGUGAAAGAUUUUAUGGAGUCAUUGUCUGGACUUUACACAUGUACUCUUUCAUAUAAGACUAUCAAAGCAGAAACCCAAGAAGAAACUACAAUAAAGAAGAGAUAUGACUUUAUGAUCUUUGCCUAUCGGGAACCUGAUUAUUCUUAUCACAUGGCUGUGCGUUUUACCACAAAAUCUUGUGUAGGAAGAUAUAAUGACCUGCUCUUUAGAGUGCUGAAGAAAAUCUUGGAUAAUUUAAUCUCUGAUUUGUCGUGCCAUGUCAUAGAACCAUCAUAUAAGUGCCAUUCUGUUAAAAUUCCAGACCGUGACUUCGUGUACGAGCUAUUCAUAGCCUUUCAAGUGAAUCCUUUUGCACCAGGCUGGAAAAGUGUGUGCAACGAUUCUUCCGACUGUGAAGAUGCCACUAACCGUAACAUCCUCAAGGCAAGAGAUCGGAUAGAAGAAUUUUUUCGGAGCCAAGCAUACAUUUUGUACCAUCACUUUAAUAAAACUAUACCAGCUAUGCAUUUUGUGGACCACAGUUUUCAAGUAGUACGAAUAGAUAACUGUCGACCAGGCUUUGGGAAAAAUGAAGGUCUACACAGCAAUUGUGCUAGCUGUUGCGUGGUCUGUAGUCCUGGAACAUUCAGUCCUGAUGUCGAUGUCACCUGUCAGAUCUGUGUUUCUGUCCAUUCAUACGGAGCUAAAUCUUGCCCAUAAACUUCAAGACCAGAGAUGAAAGCAUGGUUACUUGCCUCUGAAGCAUGUAUAUCCGUGCACCAGAUAUGUGCUUGGUACCUUCCGAGACCAAAAGAAGGCAUUGGAUCCCCCAGAACUGGAGGUACAGAAGGUUGUAAAGCCUCAUGUGGGUGCUGGGAAUCCAACCCAAGUCUUCAGGAAGAAAAGCCAGUGCUCUUAACCACUGAGCCAUCUCUCCAGCACCCAUAGUACUUUUGAAGUUAGAACUAAACAAGCUACUUUAGUUUCUUUGAUUUUAUUUUUUAAUAAUUCAUAGAAUCAUGUUUAAUACAGGCUUAGAUUUACAGAAAAUGAAACAAGUGAUAUGUAGCUCCACAUAUCCCUCCAUGUACACUUGUCCUCCCCCACACAUCCCCCCUGUUACUAUUCGCUGUAAUCCAUGGUUCACAUUAAAGUUUUAUUCUUCAUGUUACA